UGAGCUGAAAAUGAAUUUGGUUGAGUUUGAUAUAUGUAUUGGUGGUUUCUACGAGCCAGACAAGACGAAGUUACAUGAUCGACAUCGUCAUAUCUCAAUACGCUGGGAUGUCAUGAUCAGUCACUUACCGGAGUGGUUUCGCGACGAGAUAAUGAAGAAAGCAGAGACGCUUCGCCACUAUCAGUGCCAAAGGUUAAUCGACAUAUUUGUGGAAUCUGAGCAUGGGAGGUUACAGGGACUGAAGCAUCUGCAUAUAGUGGGUUCCAGUAUUCAAGACAUCACGGAGGCGGAUCCCGCAAUAACAUGGGUUCCAAGAAAGCCUGUGUUGGAGAAUUUGGAAGAGUUGCAUCUGGAUCAAGUGGAUUGUGCAGAGUUGUGUGCCGAUCAAGUGGAUUGGUCUCUAUUCAAGUUGAAGGUAUUGAAGGUAAAAGAUUGUUACAACUGGGGGAAUAUACUUUUACCAUCUACAUUGUUAGAGAGACUACCAAAUUUGGAAGAAUUAAUUGUUCGUUGGACGGACGGGAGUGAAUAUAUGUUUGGGUAUGAAGCCUUGCUUGUGUUGCGACAAUUAAAGUUGAAAAAGAUAAAAUUGUAUGGUCUAGCAACAGUAAGCAUAUGUGAGGGACCUGCUCCGCCUGCGAUGCUCCAGAAUCUUCAAAGUUUGUCCAUUACCAAAUGCAAGUUGGAGGGAAGUCUCUUCACCUCUGAUGUUGCUCAGUGUCUUUCUCAGUUGAAUUCCUUAGAAUUAAGGAUAUGCCCACUGUUGGAAAGGAUAGUUGAAGCAAGCAACAAGAAGACCGUCUUUCCAAAAUUGAAGCGAUUACAUUUGGAGGGACUUCCAAUGUUGUACUAUGAAAGUGCUACUUUUGAUAUUGAGUGUCCUGAAUUGGAAGAGUGCUUUCUGCGGAGGUGCCCCAAGUUUUCAGCCUCUUCAUUUGACUUCCACAGCAGGAAACAAGUCCAAUUCAGACGGUACUUAUAGGUGAUGGGAUGAGGAUGAUGACUAAUUGCAAUCAAUAAAACGCAAAGAGACCUCCCGUGGCCCGGAAGAAUAUCCCACAUUUGAUUGUGAAGUUUGUAUUAACUCUGUUGUGGAUAAUAAAUUUAUAAAUUUUCAUUUUGUCUUUUUAUAUCUUCUUCAUGUUUCUGCGUCUUUCAGGCGUGCAUCUGUAUCCAUUGUUCGAUUUGAUAAUAAGGAAAAUCAGAUGUAAUUGAUAUUCCUGGGGUAAAUUCCUUGAUUUUGAUAUGAGCAUUCAUAAUAUGCAUUUACCUAUUCGCAUA